AUGAAAAGAUUGGCUCCAGUGCAGCCAGAGACGUGGUCUCAGUUAAGGGAGGAGGAAAUCGAGGAGCAAGAGAACCAGUUAUUGGAAGCCCAGGCCCGAUUGGGAGAUUUGUUGGCCGAGCGGCGGCAAAUGGCCGAGCGCAUCCGAUUGCUUGAGGCUGCGAACCGUGCCUUUAUGGCGGCGAUCACAGGGCUAACCCAAGACUUGCAGCAUUUGGUGUCGGUUUUGGAACCGCAAGUUUCAGAAUCCGCGGAUGCAGCUGAUGCAGCUGUGGUGCAAUACGAGCUCAGCUGCGAAUUGGACGAUGUUUCGAUGGCUCUAGCUGGUGCGCUGGAUCGGCUGGCUACGGCAGCUGAUGUCGCCGAACGGCUGCGUGGUGAAAGCGAGGCAGAGACUCAAACGUUGGUGGUUGAGCAGGCAGGGCUGCGCGCACAUGCAGUUCUUGACGAAAAUCAAGAUGCCCAGCCCUUCGUGAUGGACUGGAGCCCAUGA